CUCUCAAAAUACCAACGACUGGGGCACUCAAGAAUAAGAGAACAGGACUUUAGAAACCACUCUCCAGGCUCCAGGAACUUACAGAAUGACAGAUAAAACCAUGUGUGAUCAGUACUGCAUCUCCUUUGCUGAUGUUGAAAAAGCACAUAUCAACAUUCGAGAUUUUAUCCACCUCACACCAGUGCUAACAAGCUCCAUUUUGAAUCAAGUAACAGGGCGCAAUCUUUUCUUCAAAUGUGAACUCUUCCAGAAAACUGGAUCUUUUAAGAUUCGUGGUGCCCUUAAUGCAAUCAGAGGCUUGAUUUCUGCCACUUCAGAAGAGAAGCCCAAAGCUGUUGUUACUCACAGCAGUGGAAACCAUGGCCAGGCUCUCUCCUAUGCUGCCAAAUUGCAAGGGAUUCCUGCUUAUAUUGUAGUGCCUGAAACAGCUCCCAACUGUAAAAAAUUGGCGAUACAAGGCUAUGGAGCCUCUAUAGUAUACAGUGAACAAAGCGACGAGUCCAGAGAAAAUGUUACAAGAAGAAUUGUGGAAGAAACAGAAGGCAUCAUGGUACAUCCCAACCAGGAGCCUGCAGUGAUAGCUGGGCAAGGGACAAUUGCCAUGGAAGUCCUAAACCAGGUUCCCUUGGUAGAUGCACUGGUGGUACCUGUAGGAGGAGGAGGAAUGGUUGCUGGAAUAGCAAUUACAGUUAAGGCUCUGAGACCUAGUGUCAAGGUAUAUGCUGCUGACCCUUUGAAUGCAAAUGACUGCUGCCAGUCCAAACUGAAAGGGGAACUGACCCCCAAUCCCUAUCCUCCAGAAACCAUAGCAGAUGGUGUCAGAUCCAGCAUUGGCUUAAACACCUGGCCUAUCAUAAGGGACCUCGUGGAUGACGUCUUCACUGUCACAGAGGAUGAAAUUAAGUAUGCAACCCAGCUGGUGUGGGAGAGGAUGAAAUUGCUUAUUGAACCUACAGCUGGUGUUGGAGUGGCCGCUGUGCUGUCUCAGCAUUUUCAAACAGUUUCCGCAGAAGUAAAGAACAUCUGUGUUGUGCUCAGUGGUGGAAAUGUAGACUUAACUUCCCUAACUUGGGUGAAGCAGGCUGAAAAGCCAGCUCUUUAGCAAUCUGUUUCUGUUUAAUAUGUGCAAAAGGAAGAAAAGGGAUUCAGUGUCUAGACACUUGGAAA